CUUUAAAAUAUAAUAAUGAUGCAUGUUAAUUUCCAGUCACUGCGGCUAGCGGCGCCGUUCAGCACAGACCCGGCGGCGAUGGCCGAGCGGGACCGGUGUCACUACGGGCGGAUACCGCGCGCGGUCGCGCUGGCGGGCACGGCGUCGCGCAGGGUGCGCGUCUACUCCGACGGCAUCUACGACAUGUUCCACCAGGGGCACGCGCGGCAGCUGCAGCAGGCCAAGACAGUGUUCCCAAACGUUUAUCUUAUUGUAGGAGUAUGCAAUGACAUAUUGACGCACAGCCGGAAAGGUCGCACAGUUAUGACGGAAGACGAGAGGUACGAAGCCGUCCGACAUUGCAGAUACGUUGACGAGGUGGUGAGAGACGCGCCAUGGGAGUAUGACGAGGAGUUUCUAGAAAAGCACAAGAUAGACUUCAUAGCGCACGACGACAUCCCCUACACGACGGAGGACUGCGAGGACAUAUACGCCAUGAUUAAGGCGAAGGACAUGUUCGUCGCCACGGAGAGGACAGAAGGUGUAUCAACGUCAGACAUUGUUGCGCGGAUAGUGCGCGAUUACGACAUAUACGUGAGGCGAAACCUCGCGCGCGGAUACUCCGCCAAGGAGCUCAACGUGUCCUUCCUCAACGAGAAGAAAUUCCGCUUACAGAAUAAAAUGGAUGAGCUUAAAGACAAAGGCAAGAAGGUGAGAUUAAUCACAAUAAUAUAAGAAAAGAAAGUAGAUAUACUAACGAAAUGGGAAGAGAAGUCUCGGGAGUUGAUUGACGCAUUCCUGCUGCUGUUCGGUCCGGACGGGCGGCUGUCGAGCAUCUGGAACGAGUCGAAGGGCCGCCUCAUGCAGGCGCUCAGCCAGCCGCCCUCGCCCCGCGGCUCGCCGCCGCCCAGCGAGAACGGAGACUCCCACUCACCCACGCACAGAGAAUCAUCAUCACCACCACCUCCAAAGUCCCGUCGCUACGAACCAUUAUGGGAGCCUGAAGCAGAUGCAUCGGGCUCUGACUGUGUGGAGUCGCCGCAAGCGGGCGCGCCGCGUCAGCUGACGGACCUGACGGACGACGGGUCGGACAGCGACGAGGAGUACCAGGACACCAGCCCCUACCUCUAGGCGCGCCCGAGACGUCGAGCCAGAGUUCACAACGUUCCACUAUCCAUGAAACUUCUGCUUAAGAGCUCUCUGUGUAUGAUAAAUUAUUUGUAUGUAGAUGUGACACUAAAUCCGGUGUAAGUGUGCCUGAGUACGACCGAGCGAAUGUAUUUAAUCCUAUUAGUUUGUUUAUAUUUAUUAUUUGUAAGGAAAUUAUUUUUGUCUUGGUUCGACCGAGUGCAUCGUCCACGUUUGUAGCACCAAAUACCAUUGUGUAAAAUACAAGGUGCAAAUAUGAAUAGACAGAGAAAACUGUUGCUAGUUAUUAUUUAUAUGAUACUUUUUGACGGUCGAUUAAAAAGGUGCUUAUUAUAAUAACAUAUUUUCUUUCAUUUUACCAACAUUGUGUUAAUGGCUGGUAAUUAAAAUCUCAAUGAAGUUCGCUUAAAGCGUAAAAAUGAAAAUAUUGUUAUUACAAAAGACAACAAUAAAUUGAAUUUACAAGUA